AAUCGAAGCUGAGCUCCUGUCUGACUAUCGUGUCGUGUAACAUCGCCAACCAAUCUGCUGACGUCGGCAUCGCCACACAGCUGUUCAUCGAAUACGAGCUGCAGAAAACUCACAAUUAUAACCGCACCACAAUCGACACCCCACAUAAGCACCCUAUGUCUCGCUACGACGCCCGCUCCGCCUUUUAUGCCUCCAACCUCGCUUUCCCAGGCCUUUCAGCCUGAUUCCGCACCGUAGCCCUCUCCGGGAAUCCUCAUCGUCAGCUGCACGAACAUGAGCGGCACCAACAUCCACACGGGCGUCUGGACGAACCACUCACGGGGGCACAUCUACGGCAGCACACUGACGCUCCAUGACGCGCACGGCCUCGCACUGAUCUCGUUCCUUGCGAUCCUAAUCACACACACAGGCGCACGCUCUUUCAAGAUCCUCAAAUUCAUCCUCCACCAGACGCGCAGCCACGAGACGCCGCGCGACGGGCUGGCGCGCCAGCAGGAGGUGAUUUUGCGCAACUGCGAGACCGAUAUGGGCGCGCUGCCGGUGCUGGGGUGGAUCGCGUUCCGAUGGCGCAAGUCGGCGCCAAAGGCGUGGAGGAGGAGUAUAGGCCCGUUGGGCCUGCUGGCUGCGCAUAUGUGUCUGUACCUCGUCGCCGGAGUGGCGGUUAGUUUUGUUGCCGAUGGGAAUGAUCCGUUUGUUAGGGCAGAGGCCAAGGAGUGUGGCGUGUGGGCCGGGCAGGACGGGGGGAUACGGAGUAUGAUAGCCUGGCAGAAGACGAGCUUGCUCUCGACUACGGCUGCGAGGGCGUAUGUGCGGCUGUGCUACGACACCGAGGGGAGCGAAAAGGAGACGCCGAGUGAGUGCCGGGUGUUGCCCAGGAGACGGCUCAACUGGUCUGCGGUGCAUAAUGCCACCUGUCCGUUCGCAGACGGGAUCUGUCUCGAGGGCGAGAACGCCGCGUUUACGAUGGACACUGGACUGCGGAGCUCGGAGGAGCUGGGGAUUAACUCGCCGAAUCCAAUGCAGUGGCAACGCCGCACCACGUGCGCGCCGCUAAAGACCGAGGGAUAUACGGAGGUGCGGACUGACGGGAAGUUUGGCGAGAAUGUUACGCAUUACAUGUAUGGUGGUGUACGCCUGCUGGGGAACUCGUCGCAUUGGGUCAGUGAUUGGGAGAGGGUCGGAGGAUCGAAGGGAUAUAUACUCAAUAUGCAGACGUCUACCCCAUGGAUCCGGAAUGGGAGCUUCCAGCUGGAUCCAAUCCCGUCGUUGAGAAGGGAUGAUGCCGAUGUUACCUUGCUGUUUAUUUCGGCCUAUGGGGUUACCUACUAUGAGCCAAUCGAUGACCCAAUGUUUAGCGCCCACAACUUCACCGGCACUUUCCAGAUGCCGGGCUACGAUGCAUUUCCCACAUACGCCGCUGACCAUCCCUCCACAGUAAUGGGCUGCACCGACCAAUACCGCUUCUGCAACCCGCGCACAUCCCGGUGUUCGCCCUUCGUCGAUUCUCAAGACCCUGACGAUCUUCUCUUCAGCAUCACCGAAACGGACGGCGAAGCCGACGUCGCACUGAUCAUCCGCUACCACAUACACACGAUGAACAUGUACACUAGCUCGAUCGGACAAGGCGCACAGAUCCUCUCGGUGGCCGACCACCUCUACGCCGGCUCGGCCAUCAUGCUCGCCCGCGAGCAGUGGAAAAUCGAGGCCGGCCACAUGUUCGAUAUCGGGCUGGCGACGGCCCAGAUGGAAGUCGUGCGCACAGCCAAGGAAUCGUACCCGCAGGACCGCGGGCCCCUCGGAAACCUCAUCCAACCCCAGUGGCGCCACAUCUGCAAGAUGAUCGUGUUCCAUGAGAGCGGGUACACUUCCGUCAACGUGUUCUGGCUGGGGUUGAUCCUCCUAUUCUCGCUAGUGAUCACUACGCUCUCGUUCCUGGACGGCCCGGCGGGGAAGGUGAUGGCGGGAAAGUUCCCACAUAGGGUUUUGGCAUGGAGGGCGGAUGGCGCGCUACAACUUCUCAGACUCAUCAAUGAGAAUAAGAGCAUUGGCACGUGGGGACGGGGGUUUCAAGAUGUGCCCAUUACGGCACGCGGAGAGAAGCUGGGUGUUGUCGAGAUCGUCGACGGAAGAGUUGGCAUCGGGAGGGUUGCGAGUGGGAUUUCGGCCGAGGAGUUUCGGUGCGGGAGUGGCGUGUAGGACGGCGGGCGGCUGGGUGGGUAUAGAGCCGUGUCCCUUCUUGUAGUUGCAGAGGCAAAUGAAUGAGAAUCCAUGCAUCCUAUGAGUCCAAUAGA